UGUGAGUUUUGGGUUGUGGUCCCUCCUAAUUAGUUGAUCCAAUGUUUUGUUGCCAAGAAGCUGAUCCAAGAUUCCAAGAGAGAGACGAUCGUCAAUCAGCUUCCGCCUUCUGCCCCAAUCUCCCAUGCCCCAUCCUCAAUCUUCAUUCAAUCGCAAGACGACUCCGCCAAAUCAAAUCCGUUCGUUGCCAGUCACUUGCUCGUCGACGUUGCCUGGGUGCUGCACCACUGCGGACUGCGGUGCUGCUACAGUGCUACCUGGCACCUGCUGCUGCUCGUCGCCAAUCCCCAAUUCCCAAUUCCCCAUCCUCAGAUACAAUCUUGUGAAAUAUGAAAACCAUUCAUUCUUUCUUCAAAAGAAAGGUUGAUAAUGAAGAAAUUCAUGAUAAAAAUGAAGAGAUUAAACGGCACAAAGCUUCAACAAGUGAACCACAACCACAAGAACAUGAAAAUCAACAAGAGAAUGAUAGGAAUGAAGCCACACAAUCAAAUCCUAAUGAGGUGGUCCAAGCGGAUCUUAAGCAACUAGAAAGAGAUCCCGCU